GUGUCACAGGCGACUGCAGCUCACACACACACACACAAACAGAGAGAGAGAGUUCAGCUACAGGACGAGCUGCUUCUUCAGUCGACCACACGACCUUUCUUACUCAUAGCACGAUGAAUAACUUCAUACCGAUUUUACCAAUUUUGGCGUUUCUAUUUGGACCAGCACUGUGCUCAGAAGAUGAGACAAGAUUAGUAAAGUCUCUGUUUUCUAAAUACAACAAGGUUGUUCGUCCUGUUAGCCAUUUUAGGGAUCCAGUGGUGGUUACUGUGGGACUACAACUCAUUCAGCUCAUCAGCGUGGAUGAAGUUAAUCAGAUUGUCAACAGUAAUGUACGGCUAAAGCAGCAAUGGAAGGAUGUGAAUCUGCAGUGGAAUCCUGAUGACUACGGUGGCAUCAGAAAGAUCAGAAUUCCCUCCACUGACAUCUGGAAACCGGAUUUAGUGCUUUAUAACAAUGCUGAUGGAGACUUUGCCAUCGUCCAUGAGACAAAGGUCUUGUUGGAGCACACGGGUAUGAUAACAUGGACUCCCCCAGCAAUCUUUAAGAGCUACUGUGAGAUCGUGGUCCUUCACUUUCCCUUCGACCUGCAAAACUGCAGCAUGAAACUUGGAACGUGGACCUAUGAUGGCAACCUUGUCAUUAUCAACCCAGACAGUGACAGACCGGACCUAAGUAAUUUCAUGGAGAGCGGAGAGUGGGUGAUGAAGGAUUACAGGAAUUGGAAACACUGGGUGUAUUACGCUUGCUGUCCAGAUACACCCUACCUUGAUAUCACUUAUCACUUCCUACUGCUCCGCCUCCCACUUUAUUUCAUUGUGAACGUCAUCAUCCCCUGCAUGCUGUUCUCCUUCCUCACUGGGCUUGUUUUCUACCUGCCCACAGACUCUGGUGAGAAGAUGACCCUCAGCAUCUCUGUCCUGCUCUCUCUGACUGUGUUCUUGCUGGUGAUUGUUGAGUUGAUCCCCUCCACCUCCAGUGCUGUUCCACUCAUCGGCAAAUACAUGCUCUUCACUAUGAUCUUUGUCAUUGCUUCCAUCAUCAUCACUGUGAUUGUCAUCAACACACACCACCGCUCCCCCAGCACACACACCAUGCCUGCUUGGGUCCGCAAGAUCUUCAUAGACACCAUUCCAAACCUGAUGUUUUUCUCCACUAUGAAGCGGCCGUCCCAGGAACGACAGGAAAAGCGUCUCUUACCUGCAGAUUUUGACAUCUCUGACAUUUCAGGGAAACCCAUGCCUGCCUCUGUCACUUACCACUCUCCCAUAACCAAAAAUCCUGAUGUACGUUGUGCCAUCGAGGGUGUUAAAUACAUCGCAGACACCAUGAAAAGCGACGAGGAGUCCAACAAUGCCGCAGAGGAAUGGAAAUUUGUCGCUAUGGUCCUGGAUCACAUUCUUCUAUGUGUGUUUAUGGCGGUGUGUAUUAUUGGCACACUAGGAGUGUUUGCCGGACGCCUGAUUGAGCUCAGCAUGCUGUGAGAGCCCAAAGGGCUGAAUGAAGCCAAGGCCAAGGACUGGCUGUAGCAAAGAGACAAAGAUGCCUGAUCAGACCAGAUGUUAAUGGAACAGUGAGAUUAUUCAUCAACUGGAAAAUAAAACACACACUUUUUGUUUCUCUUCAUUUAAAGUAUUUCUGUUAAUACAACUGCCCACUCCUCACCUCAGAAUGUCUUGUGCACAUAUGUAUAUGCAGAACUUGACAGAAUUAAUCAUAGAAGCAGAGAAAUAUGAGAAAGGCAUUUAUUGUGGCAUUUGUUUUACAUAGGAGUAUAUUAUAUUUUAUUCAGGUUUUUUUUUCUUGGUCUGUGCUUUCCAUGGUAACCAAUGUACUUGAAUUGUUAGAUAUUUAAAGAGAAAAGAAUGAAUAAAGUGUAUUUGAUUAACUGCACACAAGCUAUCAACAUAUCAACAAGUUGAUGAUGUUGCUGUUGUUACAUUUCUCUGACAUAUGCCACUGUGUAUUUGGUCAAAUAUAUUAUACAUAUACAUAUUUAAUGGUUAAUUUAAGUUUGUUUUUAGUUUAAACAUGCUUUUUGAUGAAGCAUAUAAGCCUGACUGAAAAAUGUCACAUUUGUUUUGUAGUGCAUAAUAAAUACUGGUAAUAUCA